UCUAACAAUUAGCUAAAAGAUAGUACUAACUGAAAGCUAGUACUUUGAAAGGAAAUAUUCAAAUAUCCAUUUAGUUGUGUAUGUUACUUCUUGCUUUUUACCAUUUCCAUAUGUUGAAGCUACUUCUGUUCAUCUGCUUGACGUGUUGGGUAAGAUCAGAUACGGAACAAAAAUGUCAGGAGUUCACAGAUCUUAGCAUACAAAGUGCUAUAACUGGGACAGAUCUAAUAGUGAAACUGCUGCUGUAUACAAGGAAAAAUCAAAACUGUUCCGAGAGUCUCAGUGAAUAUAAUUCAACUGAUUCUACACAUCUGGAUGUGACCAAGAAAACUGUCUUUAUAAUACAUGGCUACAGACCAACAGGCUCUACACCAGUUUGGCUGAGUGAAAUAAAAGAGCUUCUCCUGUCUGUAGAGGACCUUAACCUCAUUAUAGUAGAUUGGAACAAGGGUGCUACAACUCUAAAUUAUUUUACUGCUGUCCAGAAAACUAAAACGGUUGCAGACAUAUUGAAGAAAUGGAUUGACCAGAUGUUGGCACAUGGAGCCUCCCUUGACUCUAUUUAUAUGAUUGGAGUUAGCCUUGGGGCUCAUAUAGCUGGAUUUGUUGGACAGAUGUAUAAUGGUAAACUUGGCAGAAUUACAGGUCUUGACCCAGCUGGCCCCUCAUUCACUGGGAAGCCACCAAAUGAGAGAUUGGAUCCUACAGACGCACUAUUUGUUGAUGUUAUUCAUAGUGAUAUAGAUGCUCUAGGCUACAGGAAACCUCUAGGAAAUAUCGAUUUCUAUCCAAAUGGAGGAACAGAUCAGCCUGGCUGUCCACAAACAGUGUUUGGUGGAUUUCAGUAUUUUAAAUGUGACCAUCAGAGAUCUGUUUUCCUGUUCCUGUCUUCCUUGCAACAGAGUUGCAACAUAACAACCUACCCUUGUGAUUCAUACUUUAAUUACAAGAGUGGAAAAUGUAUCAACUGUGAAGCUUUUCAACCAAUGUCCUGUCCAAUACUGGGUUAUUAUGCUGAUAAGUGGAAAAACUAUUUAAUCCAAAAAGACCCUCCAGAAACGAAGGCUUAUUUUGAUACUUCAGCCGACAAACCAUUUUGCAUGUAUAACUACUUUGUGGAUUUUAUUACAUGGAACAAAAGCACUAGGAGAGGUUUCAUUAAAAUUAAAAUAACAGAUAAUGCUGGAAACACAAUAGAAUCAAAAGUGAAUAGUGAGGCUGCUACAUUUCAGCAGUACAGACAAGCCAGUGUCCUUGCUGGAUUUUAUGAGGAUUUUGAAAAAAUAUCAAGAAUUUCUUUGACUUUUUCUACAAGGACUCUAACAGGCCCAAAAUAUAAGCUCAGAAUUCUCCGAAUGAGGCUAAGAUCUAUUACAUAUCCUGAAAGGUGGAAGCUGUGCAGAUAUGAUUUUGUGCUUCUGGAAAACAUUGAAACAAUCUUCAAACCUAUUCCAUGCCAAGGGAGGGACAAGUGAAAAGGGAGAGCCUCCACUAACUUGCUUCCUUUUAUAGAAAAUAGUGUGUUUCAUUCUCUCUUAGGACCAAGACCUGAAGUGAGGAGGGAAAUGAGGCAAAACAGGCUCAGUUUCUGAAGUCAGAAUGAUAAUCUUUAUUGCUUUCUUGGGCUAUGGUAGAGUGAAAUACAACCACCAAUUUAGUCAAAUUUUUAAAAACAAAUGCAUGAUGGCAGAACACAUACUAUGGUCUAUUAGCUAUUGUUUGUAAGCAGUAAGAAUUUUCUAGGAGCCCAUUGAAUUAAAUGUAACUAUCUGCUCUGAUCAUGGCAGAUGGUUGUCAUGUAUUAUACAUUUAUUUUUUAUAUCUUUCAUAUUAAGACAUAAUUAUUUGUCUGUGAACUCAAUAUGCUGUACAGGUGAUACAGAGAACAAUUAUGUGUAAUUUUGGAGUCCUAUUUUCACUGAAAUAGUCAUUUGAAUUUAUUUCAUUAUCUGCUACCUCUGUUUAUGGAAACCAGAAAAAUAGUUCAUAUUUGUACAAACAUAUAUCAUUUUGCUGUUUAAAGCAAUUUUCUUUCUUCUCCAGUGUCUUCACUAGGAAGUCUGCACUAGGAAACUAUUUCAAAAUUAGCAAAUUUUGGCUUAAUAACUCCCAAUUUAACAAAUUCUAACUAGCGUCUCCAUGCUACAGGAAAGCAUAGAAAUUAGUCUGAGGCAGGCUCCAUUAAUGCGGAUGUGCUACCUCAGACUUAGAGCCCC